AGCGUCGCGGCUGAUGUUAGUCACCGGUCAGGCAGUUUCAUAACAUCUGCUCGCACAACUGUCUCAAGUGGAGCGCGAUGUUUUGGUGGAUCGGAGUGUACGCUGUUCUGCUGUGGGCUUACAACAGCUUCCUGGAGUCGCUUUCCUCCGUCAUCUGGGGAACGAUUCGAAGUGUUGUCCGAAAGGAAAAGCUAUCCCAACGCUAUGGACCUUGGGCAGUCAUCACCGGGGCAACGGAUGGCAUUGGCAAGUGCUACGCAGAGUGUUUAGCAAGCAAGGGACUCAAUAUAAUGCUUAUCUCACGAACGGAAUCCAAACUGAUAAAGGUGGCCAGCGAAAUCGAGCAAAAGUAUGGAGUCGAAACACGAUGGAUCCAGGUGGACUUUUCUGAUGGCCCUCACAUUUACGCUGAUUUGCGUGAAAAGCUCGCCUCGAUCGAUAUUGGGUUGCUAGUGAACAACGUUGGCUUUCUGCCGGAGCUUGGAUCUUUUGCACAGAACACCGAAUCUGAUCUCCUGACCUUGAUCAAUCUGAACGUAAUGGCUACAACGAUGCUGACGCAUAUGAUUCUGCCUGCGAUGAAAAGUCGCCGGCGGGGCAUUGUAAUCAACGUAGCAUCAAGUUCGGGCUAUGUGCCAAUACCUUACCUGACGGCAUACAGUGCAUCCAAGGCGUUUGUGGUGAACUUCAGUUUGGCCCUGAGUCAUGAGCUUCGGGGCACUGGCGUCGAGUGUCAGGUCGUGUCACCAUCGAUAGUACAAACCAACAUGGCCCAUCAGUACACGGAUGGUAUUCCGUGGUACGUGCUUGUGCUGGAACCGGACCAGAUGGCACGGUGGGGAGUGUUCACCAUUGGAAAAACGGCACACACAUGCGGUCAUUGGUUGCACUGCUUACAGAUUAUAUGGUGGGCGUUCCUUCCGUUGACACUGGCCAUUCGAUUCGCUGGUGGUCUCUUCGUAAAGGAUGUCAAUAAAAUGAAAUAGUGUG